AUGGAAGGUUCAGCACUAUGGCAAGGUGCGGUUCUCGCUGGAAUACUCUUCUGGAUUCUUUCUUCUUCGUACCUUAAUCUCACUCUCAAGCUUAGAUCUUUCCUUCAACCUUUCGUUACUCACUAUGUUCAAACCGGAAUCCCAAUUCUCCUCCAGAUCCAGAGUUACACAGCUGGAUUCUUUGAUGCUUUUUUUUCUGCCUUGUCUUGUGUUGUUUCGGUGCCGUUUUACACCGCUUUUCUCCCUUUGUUAUUCUGGAGUGGUCAUGGUCAAUUGGCUAGGCAGAUGACGUUGUUGAUGGCGUUUUGUGAUUAUAUAGGGAACUGCAUAAAGGAUGUUGUUUCGGCACCAAGACCGGCUUCUCCUCCUGUGAGGAGGGUAACUUCUACAAAAGAUGAGGAAGAGAAUGCUUUAGAAUAUGGUCUUCCUUCUUCUCACACACUCAACACUGUUUGCUUAUCAGGCUACCUUUUGCACUAUGUCCUGACUCAUGCUCAAAUUCAAGGUGCCUAUGUUAACUAUUUUGGAGUAUCCCUUGCUUGCUUGUUCGUGGCCCUCGUUGGAUUGGGAAGACUUUAUCUUGGUAUGCACAGUUUGAUUGAUGUUGUUGCUGGCCUUUUUAUUGGACUCGGAAUCCUUGGACUUUGGCUUACAGUUGAUGAGUACAUAGACAGUUUUGUUGUCUCGGGACAAAAUGUUACAACUUUUUGGGCUGCUUUGAGCUUCCUCUUGCUUUUUGCUUAUCCAACCCCUGAAUUUCCAACUCCAAGUUUUGAGUUUCACACUGCUUUCAAUGGUGUUGCAUUGGGAAUUGUGUCUGGGGUACAGCAAACAUACCAUCAAUUUCACCAUGAUGCGGUUCCUCAAUUAUUCUCUGAACUGGCAAUACCCGCAUUCAUGGGAAGAAUGCUCGUGGGAAUACCUACAAUUCUAAUUGUGAAAUUCUGCAGCAAAACUCUUGCAAAAUGGACUAUCCCCGUGGUAGCAAACACAUUGGGCAUCCCAAUAAAAUCAACCACUUAUAUCCCCACGUUGAAUGGAGCUAAGACAGGAGAAAAGUCAAAGGCUUUCGAUGUUGAUACUGGAAUUAGAUUUCUACAAUAUGCAGGUCUUGCAUGGUCCGUGGUCGACUUAGUGCCAUCCAUUUUUUCAUACAUGAACCUGUGA